CACAAUAUAUUCAGACAGAAAAGAGACGCCGAGUAAGCAGUCGUCGGCCAUUUGAAACGAAGAAAAAUAAAAUCGAAUGUACGGAGAGGUUACACUCCAAAAAGGGAAAUAAUAAAAAAAGUAAUAGUUGUUCAGUGUUCCGAUAAAAAAAGAAACUUGCGAUUCGACGGUGAAUAAAAACGCAUGAACAAGACCAUAAAAAAUAAACAGGAUUUUCGAGAUUGCAGCAAAAAAAAAUUUAGUAUUUAUCGGUUUGUUAUUGUAUCAGUGUGUUGGUGUUUAAAACUUAUUUGUGCGCAUUGUUCGUCUAUAACAUCCAUACUAUCUGUCUUUUACUGUGAUUUAAUGAUUUAUUGCUGAAUCAACCAAUUUAAAAUAAAAAAGAAAUUCGAGCAAUAGAAAAAACGAUUCACAUUCUCCAUAACAAAUCAAUUCAAACAAAAUGACUGAAGUCGAGCAGCAACCUCAAACGAAUGGCAUCGAAACGAUCGAAGAAGAUGAUAGCAACAAAGUUCGACCAGCCGAUAUUGAAGCGGAUAUGCGAGAAAUGGAUCGACGUAAACGUGUAGAGGCAAUUAUGUCGUCGCGUCUAUUUCGUGAAGAAUUAGAGCGUAUCGUCGAUAAUCAUGGUCGCGAAGGAACAUCUGGAAUUUUACAACAAAUUUCCGAAAUGGUCGGUAUUCCAGUUGCACGUGUUGGCAGUCUAUUCAAGAAUUCCAAUUGCGUAUUGCCGGUGAAUGAUAUUCGUGGCGUUGAAUCGAUGGGUUAUGCAAAGGGUGAAAAAAUUCUUCGUUGCAAAUUGGCGGCCACAUUUCGUUUGCUUGAUUUAUAUGGUUGGACACAAGGAUUGGGUGCUCAGGUUACUGCUCGUUUGAAUGCCGAUCAAGAGCUCUUCUUAGUCAAUCCAUUUGGUUUGAUGUAUCACGAAAUAACUGCCUCAUCUUUGAACAAAGCUGAUAUGCAGGGAAAUGUUGUGGAACAAGGCACAACCAAUUUCGGCAUCAAUUUGAGACACUACUUAUUGCAUUCAGCUGUGCAUGCUGCACGUCCUGAUAUUCGUUGCGCUAUUUAUAUUGGCUGCAAUCCAGUUGUUGCUGUCUCAUCACUCAAAGUCGGCCUGUUGCCGCUUACCAAUGAUGCGGCAGUUCUUGGCGAAAUUGCAACACACUCGUACACUGGUUCGUUAAGCGAACCAGAAGAAAAGGAAAAAUUGAUUCGUAGCCUGGGACCAGUAUCAAAAGUAUUGUUGCUCGCCAAUCAUGGGGCUUUAUGUUGUGGCGAAACAAUUGAGGAAGCAUUUUACUCAGCAUACCAUAUAGUUCAGGCAUGUGAAACACAAUUGAAACUGCUACCCGUUGGUUUGGACAAUUUGAAUUUGAUUCCAGAAGAAACUCGCAAAACAAUCUAUGAUGCAUCACGACGCCCACCAGAAGGCUACGAACAUAAACAACAACAAAAACAAGAUCAAACUGAUAGCAACAAAGAAGGACCACGAUCACAGGCUCCAAAAUGGCGAGUUGGCAGUGCUGAAUUUGACGCCCUAAUGCGUAUGCUAGACAAUGCUGGCUUCCGUACCGGCUACAUUUAUCGCAAUCCGUUAGUUAAAUCCGAACUACCGAAACCAAGAAAUGACGUUGAAGUGCCACCAGCAGUUUCUUCGCUUGGCUAUCUACUUGAAGAAGAAGAACUCUAUCGACAAGGCAUUUGGAAGAAAUCGGAUUUGCGCAAAGGUGGUGACCGAUCACGGUGGUUGAACUCACCAAAUGUCUACCAAAAGGUUGAAGUGUUAGAAACCGGUACAACGGAUCCCAAGAAAAUUACCAAGUGGGUUGCUGAUGGCUCACCAACACAUUCAAGUGCUGUUCGCAUUGAAAAUCCAUUACAAUUUGUGCCGACUGGAACGAAUCCAAAAGAAUUUAAAAAAUUGCAACAGUUGAUAAAAGAUAAUCGACGUGCCGAUAAAAUAUCAGCGGGUCCGCAAUCACAUAUUUUAGAAGGUGUAACUUGGGACGAAGCAAAUAGAAUAAAAGAUGCAACAACAUCUGGAGCAAAUGAUCAUGUUGUAUUAAUGGGAGCCGCAUCAAAAGGUAUCAUUCAACGUGGUUAUCAGCAUAAUGCCACCGUUUAUAAGGCACCAUACGCCAAAAAUCCAUUCGAUUGCGUUACUGACGAUGAAUUAAACGACUACAAAAAAACCGUUGAACGAAAAAGACACGGCGAUUAUACCGAUACCGAUUUCUCUGAAUCAGAAGCGUUGAGUUCAUUACAAAUUUCCGGACCGGCUAAACUCGGUGGCGAUUCGGCACCACAAGUUCAUCGAAUAGAAACAUCGCAAGCGCCUGUACCAAGUCAACCAGAAGUUGUACUCAGUGACGCAACUCUUGAUUUUAUUAAGAAUGAAAUAAUCCACGCAUCGACAAGCAAAGGUGAACACGUACAAAACGGAGAUCAUUCCGAUGCUCACAUCAGUACACUUUCACAUAGCAGUAAAGAGCAUGAUAUGUCUACGGAAGGAUCACCGAAAAAAGACAAGAAAAAGAAGAAGGGACUCCGAACACCGUCAUUUUUGAAGAAGAAAAAGGAAAAGAAGAAGGUUGAAGCAUAAAUACAUUAACGCAAGAAUCACGUUUUUUUUUAAACAAACAAAAUAAAUCACACCAGCAACAAUUGUAUGAACAACUCUCAACCCAAACAGACAAACAAGCAAGCAAAAAAAAAACAUCCAAAUAUUUUAUAUGAACUUCAAAAAUCAAACAAGCAGAUAGUGCAAAAAAGCGACUAAAUGAGAAAAACCAUUAGAAAUAGCAAAACACAACCAUUCGAUGAUUUGUAACGCAUUUAAUGAACACAGAACAAAUCAUAGACAUUCAGUGGAUGGAAUAAGAGAACUAAAGAAUACGUUCACGAAACGGGGAAAAUAGCCUAUAUAUAUUAUUAUUUUAGUAGUUAUGUAAUGGAACGAAGUAACCAUAAAGGGUGCAUAUAAGCAUAAUAAACAAAAACCAACCGAAAAAUUCAGAAUAUUCGAAAAUAUGUGCGCGCGAGGUUCCAAUCUUUUUUUUAACCUUAUUUCAAGAUGUAUGUUUCGCACAGAGAAAGUCAUCAAAAAAAACAUGCACCUAAAUUUAAAUAUUGUGAGUGUAAGGCUUGCCGUUUGAAAGCACAUUACAAAAAAAAGAAUCAUCAUGAAAUACACAAAAAAUCAUCGUAUCGCGAAACUAUAUCAUUAUGGAGCUGCAGUUUCGUUUUAAAAAAGCAUCUACGAUAUUUUUACUUCUCUUUUCUUGAAAUCCUACAUAGCAAAAGAAUGAAAAAAUAAGUUGCGAUAUAUUGAAAUUAAGCUAAGGAAAUGGGCCCACAAGUGCGACUAGAGAAUUGUUGAUAUUUUGUUUUGUUGCCACUGACCGAAAGGAGGCGAAUAUCAAAGAAUGAAAAAUUGUUUUGUUUUCCAUUUUUAAAUACUUUGAUUACGAUGAUAUAUUAUGUAAUUUCGAUUCAUCUCACACACACAGACACAAAUUGACAAUUUUACUUUCGAAAAAAAAAAAAAUGAAAAUGCAAAACAGAAAUGAUAACCGAUAUAAAUACGUUUCAUUUAUAAUCAUUCGUUUUUUUUCGGAACAAUAAAAUUAUCAAGAUAAACAAAAUAGGCAGCUAAUCAGAACAAAUGUGUGAGAUACAGUUAAAAUUAGCACAGAAUUUAUAAACAAUUUUCCUAUCAGCCGAUUGUUCCGUUUCCGUAAAUAGUACAGCUAAAAAAAAUUCUGCAAAUAUACAUAUAUAUAUAUUGUUUAAAAUGCAAUGUGCAUGUGUCAAAAACAAAAAAAUAAAACCAUUCAAUCAUUUUAAAUCGAUAUUUAGUUUCGGUCAUUUUGUAUGUUCACGGUCUCCCUUCGUUCGUUGUUUCAUCUAGAAAAGUGAAGAUAAAAAGAAUUGUUCAACUCCAUAAUUUGCUAUCACAUCAUCACAUUUCACGAAUUCUUUUUUUAAUCGCCUAUUUUUUCCAAUGUUUAUUCAUUAAAUAUUUAAAAAAAUUUUAGAAUAUAUAUUAAAUUUGUAUGUUUCAUGCUUUCGAGCAAAUUUUUGAAGUUAAUCAAAGAAGAGAAAAAAAAUUGUGAAGAAAAGACUAUCACAUCAUAUUGUUUUUGUCAGCAAGGCACACACCCAAUGAAAAAUAGUUCAAUAAUGAUUUUUGCAUAAUUCUUUGAUUAACUGCAUUUACAUAUUGGAGAUAAUAUCGUAACGUGCGCAUUUACUUCAAUCAAAGAUUUCUGAUAAACUUACACCAUUUGAACACCAUUCAUUUGCUAUUGUCUGUCAGCAUACAGUUCCUUAUUCAUCUCAAGCUUUGCCAUCGUAAUUAAAGGAAUUGCGUACACAAUUUUCUAGUAAUUCAGACAUUUAAAAUAUUAUAAAAAUUGUCAAAAUGAAAUGAAAACUGCCAUUCUCCUAUUAAAUUGGUAAAUAUCCAGAGAUAGCACAAACUGACUAAAAAUAGAGGUAAUGUAAAUUCUUAUGAAGAAAUAUCGCAUGAUACACACCACUGAUGCUGUUUUGAAAUGCAUAUUAAAACCAAUUGGUCCAUAUGAUGGAAGUGCCGACUUUUAAGAAUUUUAGCAUAUGAAUGAAAGUGCUUAUGUUAUGUUCGGAUUAAUGUUCAAAAAAAAAAAUCUAAUUUUUAAAAAACUGCCAGAUUCAUAGCUCAAAAUUGUUAUUACGAAACGCCAACAUUUCCGUUCAUUUAUGAAAUCAAUAGGCCGGUCCUCUUUACACGCAAAAAUGAAAUCGCUUCAUACAUAAAUGCGUGGAAUAUGCCGUAAAUUCCAAGUUCUCGUGUUCCAUAGUGCUUAACUUUUAUCGAACAUUUUUAUGAAUCUUCUGGAUACUCUAAUAAAAAAAAAGAUUUUUAUUAAUCAAUAAAAAAAAACAAAAGACUUGACAAAAUAAUCCAUCUAAUGAUUCAAAUAAAUCGCAUCUAGUUCAACCUAAAACCGAUUUCCAAACUUCUCAUGAUGAUUUGCAACAUCACAUGCACAUACACAUACACACAGACAAGUUUAAAACAAAAAAAUUAUUACAAGUUUAAGAAAUUAAAAUAUAGCGCUUUAAUCUCGUAAAUAUAUUGCCGUAAAACAGACAAAAAAAAAA